AGCCCGCUGCUCUCGGAUCAUGAGGGCAGCAUAAACGCCAUGAUCUUUCCCAUGUCAAGCAUCCGAUUCGUCCUCCUCGCCGUCGCCGCCGCCCUCCUUGCCCUCUCCACCCAUGUGCUCGCCGUCCCCAUCAAUGUCCAAACGCGCGCGACCGGGCUCCCGAGCGUAGCCGCCCCUUUGGCCAGGAUGAUGCCCAACGCUACCUCCCACGGCGGUGCCGGCAUCAUCGGCCAGACCCCGGACCCGUCCCGGAACCCGCGGCCCCAGGACGCGAAGCCGGGGAUCCCCAUCUGCAGCGCCAGCGAGUUCGUCCAGGCCCACAACAAGGUCAGGCUCGGUCUCGGCCAGCCGCCCAUGAGAUGGGACAAGAACCUGGCCAAGUACUCGCGGCGGUUCGCAUCCAGGCGCGCCGCGGACUGCAAGAUGAUCCACUCCUACGGCCCUUACGGGGAGAACAUCUUCUGGGGGGCGCAGGCCGCGUGGUCCCCGUCCCAGAUCGUGGACUCGUGGGUUAGCGAGAACCAGUUCUACGACGCGACGCGCAACACGUGCGCGCAGGGCCAGAUGUGCGGGCACUACACGCAGGUCGUUUGGCGGGACAGCACCCGCGUGGGCUGCGCCUGGGUCUCGUGCCUCAACGGCGGCAUGUACGCCAUCUGCUCGUACGACCCGCCAGGGAAUUACGUGAACGAGAGCCCGUUCUCGACCUUCGACGGCCGAUGAGGACGAUGAUCCUCCAUUAGUACUAUGACCUGAAACUCAAUUGCAAGAUUUGGUAUACAAUAUGUUUUGAUGGCCGAGGUUUUACUUUUGUGUACCGAAUCAUUUUGCUUAAUUUCGAUCCCGCGACGACGAUGUAUCUUUUAGUGCUUAGGCCAAUGACAUCUUGUGGCGUUAGACCUGCAUUUGCUCGAACUCGACAUCCACACAUAUUCA